AUGGCCCUUAACACUUGCUAUUUCUUAAGCAGUUUAAAAAGCUGUGAGCCCGAGUUCGUUGUAUCCACCCCAGACAGGCUUCUUGAUCUUGUUUCCCUAAGGGCCAUUGACAUAUCUAGUACAUCGUUAUUGGUUAUUGAUGGAUUGAAAAAAUUUCUAGACCUUGGGUUUGUAGAUAAAUUGUAUUCCAUCAGGGACAGUAUAUCUGGACAUCCUCAGAUGGUUCUCUUCAGUGAUUCCUAUGGAGAAGCCCUUAAGCCUGUGAUGCAAAAUUUACUCAGAAGGCCACUUAGCAGACUGUCGUUGUAUGAUUCUUCAGCUAGUCAGAGUGCAUUCAUAUCUCAAUAUGUAUACUUCUGUACAUCAGAAGAGGAUAAGUUAUUGAAGGCUAUACGAAUUCUUGCUCAGGUGUGCGCUUAG